AUGCUGCCGCCGGGGCGCAACGGCACCGCGUACCGGACACGGGCCCGACAGCAGCAGCUGGUGCAGGGGGGCGCCGUGGGGGGCUCGGAGGGGGUGGCGCCGCUGGGGCCGGCGCAGGUGGUCACCGCCGGCCUCCUGACCCUGCUCAUCGUCUGGACCCUGCUGGGCAACGUGCUGGUGUGCGCCGCCAUCGUGCACAGCCGCCACCUGCGCGCCAAGAUGACCAAUGUCUUCAUCGUGUCUCUGGCCGUGUCCGACCUCUUCGUGGCGUUGCUGGUCAUGCCCUGGAAGGCAGUCGCCGAGGUGUCCGGUUACUGGCCCUUUGGGGCCUUCUGCGACAUCUGGGUGGCCUUCGACAUCAUGUGCUCCACCGCCUCCAUCCUGAACCUGUGCAUCAUCAGCGUGGACCGCUACUGGGCCAUCUCCAGGCCCUUCUGCUACGAGCGCACGAUGACCCCGCGUGUGGCCUUGGUCAUGGUCGGCCUCGCGUGGACCUUGUCGGUCCUCAUCUCCUUCAUCCCAGUCCAGCUCCACUGGCACAGGGACAAGGUAGGCUCCUGGGGUGGGGUGGACCCGCUGUCCCACCUGGCCAACGGGACGCCCUGGGAGGAAGCCGGGGAGCCAGACGUGAGGGAGGAAAACUGUGACUCCAGCCUGAACCGAACUUACGCCAUCUCCUCCUCGCUCAUCAGCUUCUACAUCCCGGUGGCCAUCAUGGUCGUGACCUACACGCGCAUCUACCGCAUCGCCCAGGGGCAAAUCCGCAGGAUCUCCUGCCUGGAGAGGGCGGCGGAGCACGCGCAGAGCUGCCGGAGCCGGGAGGCCUGCGCCCCAGACACCGGCCUGCGGGCAUCCAUCAGGAAGGAGACCAAAGUCCUUAAAACCCUGUCGGUGGUCAUGGGGGUCUUUGUGUGCUGCUGGCUGCCCUUCUUCAUCCUUAACUGCAUGGUCCCCUUCUGCGGCGGACCCCCGGAGGACUUCCCCUGCGUCAGCGAGACCACCUUCGACGUCUUCGUCUGGUUCGGCUGGGCCAACUCCUCCCUCAACCCCAUCAUUUACGCCUUCAACGCCGACUUCCGGAAGGUGUUUGCCCAGCUGCUGGGGUGCGGCCACCUGUGCUCCCGCACCCAGGUGGAGACAGCGAACAUCAGUAACGAGCUCGUCUCCUACCAUCAGGACACCGCCCUCCACAAGCAGAUCCCCGCUGUCUCCAUCCACAGCAUCCCCAGCGCGGCGACGCCGGGCGUCGCGGAGGUGGACAAGGAGGAGGACGAGAGCCCUUUCCAGCGUAUGUCUCCGAUCGCUCAGGCAUCGCCAGAUGGUGACCCUGCUGCCCAGUCCAUCUGGGAGCUGGACUGCGAGGGGCAGAUUUCACUGGGCAAAAUAACACCUUUCACUCCCAGUGGAUUCCAUUAAACUGCAGAAGAACCGUUGCUCCGGAUCUAUACCACCGCACAGACAUUAAUAAGCAUGCAGAAUACACGCGGAGACACAUAAGUACCUUUCCAGCGCUGCUCCGCUUAUCACGGUUCCUGUGCCAGUGCAGUGGCCCACUGCUUAGAAACCUCACCAGACUGAUUUGUUGUUGAAAGGAUUUGGCAGAAGCCGUUGGAAUAAACGCAGUCAUUUUUACCUUAGCCUAGCAUAGCUGGACCACUGGUUCUGUUAGAGAAGAGAAGAUGGUGAUGGGCUCUCAAAAAAAUUGGUACUUGGUCUUUCAAAUGCGUGCUCUCCCCUUUGCUUUUAAACGAAUAGAUUGUUCAGUAACUUACCCGUGUUCGGACUGAUUUUAAGCAGUAGAUUCAACGUGUGUGUAGCGCUGAUGGGGACAUGUGUGGCUUUCCUGUAUCUUGCUUCCUGUGGCCUGUGUUUAUGCAGUUUCUGCUCUCUCUGUGUCUUUACUACAGCUGAGGAAUUCCUUCUGGUUUGUUCUGGUGUCUAAUAAAUACAAAUUAUGUGUUUUAUGGGGUGAUUAUCUUUGCUUUGCCAGAUUGAUUUUCAGGGUGUCUCCGAGAGAACUGGUGAGAGCAUCCUUCAAAGCAGGGGAGAUUUUGGCUGGAUCUGGAAGCACAGAUUUAUUUUCUUGACAGACAGUGUGGUGUUAAAGGUACCCAGAGGGGCAAGGGAACUUGAAGGGCUUCUGGUAUCUCAGAUUUUCUUUUUAUUAGAAACACACGUCUUGAGUCUGUGCUAAAAGUUGGAUCAAUACCAGGACAUCAAAUAUGGACUCCACAAUCUCAGAAUUCCAGUUUGUUUUCUCAUUUGGAAUCUUCUCAUUUUUUUUUUUUUGUCCUUUUUUUAGGGCUGCACCCAUGACAUAUGGAAGUUCCCGGGCUAGGGGUCGAAUCAGAGCUG